GACGUUUCUGUAUUACUUGGCCUCAUGGCGCCUGGCAGGCAAAACUGUGCUCGGAAGCGAGAGGAAAUGAGGAAACAGACAGCUACCAGCUUUCAGGCUCCUUGGGAGGUUACUGAAUUUGGUGGGUUUGGGGCUUUGGGACACAGCGCCCCAGCCCCCGUCCUUGGGGCCCUGGGUUCCCAUUUCUGCUCCCGGCACCGACUCAGCAGCUCUACAGGGUAUUGGGUGACAGCCUGGGGGGCCCUCUUUCCCCACACCACGGGCAGUUGGUGGGCUAGCCCCGUGGGCACCCUUGGGUGAUGAAAUCUAGCACAGCAGCAGGGGAUGGGGCUGCGGAUUCUCCAGCCCCCACCUCCCCCUUCCUUCCUCUCUCAGGGGCUCAAAGUCUGGCAGGAGGAAGCACCAGCAGCAACUGCCUGGCCGGCCUUCCCAGGAAGAUGCGGCCACUCCUGCUCCUGGUGGUCUUGCUCCUGCCCCCCAGGGCGAGGGCAGGGAAGAUCAUCGGAGGACAAGAAGCCAGGCCCCAUUCCUUCCCCUACAUGGCAUAUGUUCAGAUCCAGACUCAAGUGGGGGCAACCAUUUGUGGAGGAUUCCUGGUGCGAGAAGACUUUGUCAUGACAGCGGCUCGCUGCUUGGGAAGCCAAAUGAAUGUGAUCCUGGGGGCCCACAACAUCAGCAGGUCUGAAAGCACCCAGCAGCAAGUAUCUGUGCGCAGAGCCAUCCGCCACCCCAGAUACAAUCAGCAGAACAACCAGAACGACAUCAUGUUACUGCAGCUGGCGAGCAGAGUCAGGCGGAAUCGAGCCGUGAUGCCAGUGGCCCUGCCUCAGAGCCAGAGCAGGCUGAGUCCGGGGACCGUGUGCACCGCGACCGGCUGGGGCCUGGUCGGCCUGAACAGGAGGACAGACACACUCCGGGUUGUGCAGCUGAGAGUGCAGAGGAAUGGGGAGUGUCACAGACGCUUCGAUUUCUACACUGGCCAAACGCAGAUUUGUGUGGGGGACCCAAGAGAAAUGAAGUCUGUCUUCCUGGGAGACUCUGGAGGCCCCCUGGUGUGUAACAACAUGGCCCAGGGCAUUGUCUCCUAUGGAAAUCAGUUGGGAACUCCUCCAGCAGUCUUCACCAGGGUUUCCAGCUUCCAACCCUGGAUAAGGAGAACAAUGAGACGCUUUCAAAGCGGGGACCAGACUGAGACCCCACUGAAACUGACUCUUUCUGGGGCAGAGGCCAGCUCCAGGGUGGUUCCCAGAGCCUUAAUAAAUGUCUAA